GUUGUACUGAUGUGGUACAACAGGAAACCACACAUCAAAGAUCAACAAAAUGGCUGACUUGAGCUCUGAAAAUCCUGACUACUGUGUCAAAAUGUGCUCUGGUAAAAAUGCUUAUGGGAACAACUUGGCUGAUGUCAACCAUCUACAAAUUCCUGAGAUUAAUGUUGACAUGGGAUAUGAAAGUAAUCUUGGUGAAUUGUUAUUCACACCAAUAGAUUCUUCAGCUGGCUCCAUUCAGGAAUGCUUGUCAAUUCAAGACAAUUCUAAAAAUACAAUUGAACAUUGUAACCAUCAAAAUAACACUGAUCUCAAAAAGACCAUGAAUCAAAUUGGGCAAAAAUUUUAUCCCAAACACCAAGGUGUUUUCACCAAAAGAAAUCCUAUGUCAUCCACUCUUAGAAACAAUCAUCCUGUUCAAUGGACUCCUUUGGCCACACAUAAUAGUGAUUUCAAUAGACCUUCUAGCACCAUGAGUCUCAGACCAAGAAUCUUAACAUGGACCUCAACCCCCCUUAACAUUGCUGUCUCUAGUCGGGAGAGGCAAUCAUCUCUCAGUUCUUCUGGCUAUGAAAGUGGCACUAGUUUUGAUAGUGCUUCUAAUUCAAGUUUGUUAGAAAUAAAACCAGCAUCAGACACUGAGAAUGCUCUUCUUGAACAUGAGAAUGAGAGUUUAAAAGAAGCAAUUCCUUGUGAAAGUGAGAGCCUGUUGAUGCAUCAGCAGAUGCCACGGUCAUGGUCUCAUGAUGACUUGGUUUCUUCAACACAGCUGUCAGAAGGCAAGAUUCAGUGCCAUGAGGUACCAAUAUACCAUGACAUGAGGAAGGUUGAAACUCCUUUCACAAAGUUCUUGUAUCAUUUAUCUGAUAGUAAGACUUCUGGGAAAAUAAAUUGUAAUUUAAAUUACUUGGAGAAAUCUACUGCUACAGAAAAUGCCCUAAGAUUGAAGAAACUUUCUUCCAGUUCUGUUCCUAUCGGUUUAGAUAAACCUUGCAAAGUUCCCAAUGUAUUAUCAAAGUAUUCUCUUGAUAUCACUUACAAAGAUUCUUUUAAGUUUGACUCUCCUGUGGAACGUUCCGCUAAACAUGCAAAAUUGUCUACAUCCUCACCUGACGUGUUGCCUCUGAAAAAGUCUGUGGCAUCAUACAAAGAUGAUUGUGUUGGACAACAGAAAAAAUGUGACUCGAGUGAAUUGUCUCCAAACAAUGAAUUUGAGGAGCAGAUUGAUUUAUGUUCCUUUCUAAAACCCUUUGACAAAUCUUACAUUCCUCGAGCUUUUACACUUGCUGCUCAUGAAACUGAAGCAAAGAUCUCAGAUGGCACUGUUGUGCAAAAAGCAUUGACUGAGGCUUUAAAAGCAAAAAGAAGACUUACAUUGGAUGAUACUGUAAUCAAGGAAACAGAUGAAAAGAAACAGCACUUGGUAGCUGUAUCUGCUCCACCUGAAACAAAAAGUCAGCCAAGCGCACUUAAUGUAUCAUCUAAACAAGUACUCCUUCCUGAAUUAUCUCAAAAUUGUGGAACAAAUUUUAAAGGUGAAAACACUGCAUCACUUCAGAAGCCAGUUCUCAAUGAACCCCAAACAUCUUCAAAGAUAACAGCUCCUGCAAAAACAUCGUGGCAAUAUGACCAAGAAUCUGGUCCUGCUGGGUUGUCUGGAUUUGAAUUCAUUCACCAUCUGGCUAGAGUUGAAGCUGACCGAAUGCAAACAAGCAAUAUUUUACUAUCACUAUUAAACAAAGCCACAUUCAUCCUGCCUCAAGUUCUGCUACAGCUGACCCCUGAGGACAUCCUUUCAUUCAGUCAAGUCAACAAGCAAUGCCGAAAAAUUGUUAACGAGUCUCAAAUUUUAUCAACCAUGGUUAAGAAUUUUAAACAUAAACGAUUUGUUGCUGUCUCAUCUAUUGGGAAGGAGAAUCUUGUGCAUCGUGGUAAAAAUUUCCUCUCUGACCCUGGCAUGUCUCGACGAGCCUUAGGAGCUGUUAAUUAUCCUGCCAGAAGUCUUGUGUCACUCUAUGUUCCACCUGCAAGAUCAAAUUUGCUACAGGAUAACAGCAACAACGCAGACACACUAAACUCGCAGCCUAAUCCACUUGUGCAACCUCAUCCUGAUCGAGAUAAUUUGGCGCCUGUGUGGCAAGAACGUGCACUUACAAGCAACAAUCAUAUUACUGCCAAAACAAAGCCAUGCCAGCAGAGUAGAAACAAUUCCGAAAUGAGGAAAGAUGACGUCAUAGAGGAGAGUUUGACUAUUAAAAUGACAAAUUGUCCGAGUGCAAGUUGCUCAGUAGGUGAGCAACUUGACAACGCUGUUGUUGAGCAGCACAUCACUAGCCCCCCACGAAGAAUAUUGGGUGCUAUUCAGUGUGCUGUUUCAUCUAUUCAGGCUGCUGUCUCGCCCAAGAAACGCUCACCAAAUAAACUUGCUCCUGAUAAAAAUGUGGGAAACGAUGGAGUCUCUGGUGGCGAUGUCACAAAGAUCAAUGAAAGUCACAACAAAAAAGACUCGGCAAACAACAGCGGUGGAUUUCCUCUGUUGCGCAAGUGUAACAUGCUCAACCAUGCUAUUAAAACGCUAGUUGACAGGUCACAGUCUACUAAUAACCUCAUGAAUGCUGGCUCUGUAAUUUCUUUGAACAAAGUUGACCACAUUAUCUCCUGCGAUGCGAGCCCGGUGAAGUCUCUUAAGACUACAGCCAAACAGUCCAAGGCUUUAAAGAAACAGUUGAGGAGGUUAUAACUAUCAUGUUCGAUCUCCCUUAUAACGUAAUGCAUGUUCUCUAAGGUAAAGAUAGUGUAUUUUACCAAACAUUUUUACUUUCUGAAUGAUGCCGCCUCUCUUCCAUUCCUGUCCAUUUAUUUUAAACCUCUACUACCCUAAUUUAGUAUUAAGUGGCAAUGUUGAUUUUCUCACACAUUUAGUAUGAUUUUAUUCAAUUCUUUUGUAUGGGAAAAUAAAGGUCAUGCACAAAAACUCAAAAAGUGUUAUUUGUGGGAACAAUAUUUUAUUGCUGCUCUUAAUCGCUGGAAGCUUUAUUUUGAAAAUGCUUUCAAAUCUUCAUUAUCAAAAUGCAAUGCUUGUCCAAAAUGUUGCUGAUGCCAACACUUGCUUAAACUUUGUGAUAUGCAACAUCAUAAAAAUAAUUGAUGCAAAGCUCGGCUGGAUUUAAAAGUUUUAAAUAUUCCAAUCAAAAGAAAUGUCAGUUAUUAUUUUUUUCCAUCUUUUUUCAAGUUUGCACAAACUAGUUCAAAUAUGUCUACCUGAUCACCCGCUUAUGCAAUUCUGGUUUGAAGGAUUUUCUUCCAGUUCUAUGCUGAUACCAGUUAAUGGAAAUACUUUUUCUGUUCCUACAAUUUAUCCUACUUUAUCACAUUCUUAUGCUGUUCCCUCCACUCACUGAUGCUGUUCCCUCCACUUACUGAUGCUGUUCCCACCACUCACUGAUGCUGUUCCCUCUACUCACUGAUGCUGUUCCCUCCACUCACUGAUGCUGUUCUCUCCACUUACUGAUGCUGUUCCCUCCACUCACUGAUGCUGUUCCCUCCACUCACUGGUGCUGUUCCCUCCACUCAUUGGUGCUGUUCCCUCCACUCACUGAUGCUGUUCCCUCCACUCACUGAUGCUGUUCUCUCCACUUACUGAUGCUGUUCCCUCCACUCACUGAUGCAGAGAAUAAGAAGUUUGCCCUGGCUUCGCCUGCCUGGUCGGUGCUGCCCCGACGUCUGUCUCGGCGUGCAUAAUGCUGUACAAAAGCCAUUACCUGAUACCUUACCUAGUGCCUUAGCAUAUUGUGUAUUCACGAAAACAUUGUACCUGAUGUUAAGCAUUCAUGGUUAUACUUGCCCUAUUAAUCCUGUUUUUUAGGCUAGUACAUUUCGCCGUCAUGGGCUGCGAGAAUAGAUGCUGUUAUUCAACUGCUUGAAGAGAAUAAUCUGUAGAGAGACGAUGUUAUUGAAGAAUGUUUUGAAAGGCAAGGAUUCUAACAUUUUAAUUGAUAUGCGCCACCAAACAAAUUUUUUUGAAAAGUUGAAUGCACUAAUGCUGUAUAAAUGAUCACACUUCAAAAAUGCGUAUCCAUUUCUCUCUGGAGCCGUGGCCAUGAUAGAUUUUUUUAAUAACGCAAAUGAAUGAAGUUCGCGCAAUUAUUCACAUUUGGACCUUUCGGCGAACUAUCUGAUUUUCAGUACCCUUGAUAAUAGUAUUUUCAAUGCAGAUGGUUUGUAAUACUUUAUACCCUGUGAAUUUUGUACCAUCCUCCGACCUUGGGCUUUCUUUGCUUGAUAUGAUCUGUGUGGUGACUGCGUAACUUCAUCUUAUACUUUUUAUAUCAAGUAUUCUGAAAUGAAAAGUCUUACCUGUAGUCUUGCUGGAAGACGGAAUAGCGCAAAUUAUUAAGAACAUUUAGUGUUAUUCUCCCAGACGCUCGUGCUUUUUGUGUGCCACGCUGGUGACCUGUUCUCUCUUAACCCCUUGCUGUAUCCUGGGUAUGAUGCAGGUCACCGAGAACAUUUAGCGAGAUCGCUUGCGAUAAUUUGAACAGGAAGCAUUUUGUUUACUUAUAUCUUAUAAUGCAUUGAUUUCAUCGUAUUCUCAGUCUUUCAAGUAAAACUUUGCAGUGGUUUCAAUGUAUGCAAUAAACUUAUAGGAGUAAGGAAAAUGAUGUUUUGUGAGUAGUUUGAACAAAUUAUCGACUUAUUCAUAUAUGUUCAAAGGUGACGUAUUUGUUCGUCCUAUUUGCCGCUAGUUUUAAGUCCUAAAUUUUGUAAUUUGGUCUUAAAGUUUUUUGAAGCUCAUAAGAUGCACGUCAAGUUCAAACAGUAGUAUUUAUAACGCCGGCUCGUUAGUUAAUUUUAUAGUGAAAUCCAUUUACGAGAUAGAAUUAGGUAAAAAAUUUUUACAUGUUGCAGGGUUUUAUUCGUGAGGGUUUCUGGUAAUGUUGAAUUGUUUUGAAGUCUUCAAUCAUUAGGUGAAAAAUUUGAAUCCAUUCAAAAAUUGUUAACAUCGAUCCCAGUUUUUUUUAUAACGUGUCAUAAAGGACAUUUUGAAGCUUCUCUCAUAAUAUAUCUACGAAAUUGUCACACCUACAUUCCUAAGUAGAUCUCUGGUUUUGUCACGUUGAGAAGUUUGUAGUGUUAGUCUUUAUCAAAUGGUUGCGCUCGUUUAUGUCUUGUUGCUGCUUUCUUAUUUUUGUCAACUUUUACUGUUUUGAGGAAGGAAUAAAUGAUUUUUAAAAAAAUUA